UGCCAGAGCUCCUUGCCUUGCGAAAUCGCAAAACCGGUUUCAAAUGUGCCGCUCAAAAAUACGGGCCACCUCCAAUCUCCAACCGGGACUCCGAACAUCUGGCAACCCCGCCUGGCUUGCGAGUAUGGCCACACUGGAAAAUGCGGCACUGCUGACAUUGAAAAGGCGAGAAUAAAGCGAACAAUUGAUUGCAGUUUGAAAUACGAGCGAGAGAGUGCAUGGGUAAAAAUCAAUACAAGGAGCAGCAGCGAUGGAGCAGCGCGCCAACUUCCUGGCUCUGACCCUCCUGGACGCCCUGGAGGACGAGAACGAGGCGGAUAUAAUGUCGAUGCUGGAGAGGAACAGCAUAAACGCUGGCAUCGUGCCCUGCGAUCGCGGACUGGCCCCCUUGCACUACGUGUGCGGCAUGCGAAACGGGGGAUUGGCCCAGCGGAUCCUGGAACGGUUUCUCGAGUGUCCCGACCUCGACGUGAAUGCCCUGUGCGACGGCCAGACUACGGCGCUGCACAUCGCCAGCAUUUACGGGCGGACGGAACUUGUAGGGAUGCUGCUGAAGCGCGGAGCUCGCGCGGACCUGGCUGACGAGGAGAACAAGCUGCCAGUUCACUACGCCAUUGAGGAGUGCCACUUCGAGGUGCUGCAGCUGCUCCGGGAUCACAUCUUCCGCGAGAAGCAGAGCAAGAAGAAGCAGCAGCGAGCUCAGGUGGUCGACGCUCUAACGCCCAAUCAGCCGAGGUACAAUCACGAUGUAACUUCCCCCUUCUAUAUUAAUAUCACUCACAGGCGGCAUCGACCGCAGCCGAAGUUUCCGGAGCCAACGGAAGUGGAUUGCUCCGACAUUCCGCCCCUGCCGGAUGAGGAGUCUGUGAACCUAUUUGCCCUCACUGAAGCUCAUCUUACCCAACUCAUCCAGAGCCAACGGCAGAACCAGCCGGAGGAUCCGUAUCAGCCAAAGCGGCGAACUCUUAUUGAAAGCUGGCGCGAGAAGGUAGAACGCUCACGCGCCCGCCAGUCCCUGCUCCAUCAGUACGACGAGCAUGUGGAAGCUCUGGUGGAUGAUGCGAUUUAUCAUGACGACUUCAGCUAUAAGGAGCACCUGCAGAAGAAGCUCAGAGAUGAGGACAAUCCGAAGACACUGACAGAGGAUGUUCCCACCUCGGGUCGGCAGGUGUUCGAGAUGCUAGUGGAGCAGGUUUCUCAGGCGGUCGUCGUGGAGCCGGAGCCAGUCCCGGAUCACAGUUUCUUCACUGCCCAGGGUGACGAGGAGGACGUGGCGGAGAACUCACCACGCCAGGAUGAGUACUUUCUGCAAAUCAAGGAGGCAUACGUUCACACAGACGACGAGAAUGGAUUAGUUUUCUACGAAGCGAGAUACCUACAGAAUAGGGAACGGCGGGAAAUCGAGCCAAUCGAGCAAACUCCCAAAGAGAGGAGGCACGAUUUGGAAAGCUCCGUGAGCACUAAUUAUACCCUGCCACUAGACUACGAAACGGAUGCUUUGCGCCGUGAGUUGACACAACUGGGUGCUCCGGUGGGUCCUAUUACCAAAACAACUAAGAGACUGUACAUCAAGCAGCUAAUCAAAUACAAACGCAAUACGGAGGCGCUGCUGGCAGCCCAAAAGCAUGCCCAGGAGGCACAGAUCCGCUACUCUGUGGAGCUUCAUCGCACGCUGCGGUCCCCAGAGGACUUUGCGAGGAUUAAUGAUUACUUGCCACAUGAAGCAGCCUCUGCAGCUCAUUUUGCAAAGUGUGGAGUAACAAAAAAAAACAUGCGAGAGGGACACCUCAAACAGAGCUUCAUCUACAUGUUGAUCGAUCCACGCAUUUCGCGGAAUCUGCCUGGAGAGAGCGCUUUUCUCGAAAAGUUCGGGGUAUGGCAGCGCUUUCUGGACUCCAUUUUCUACGUAGGCAAGGGCAAAUCGUCGCGACCGUACGCUCACCUUUACGAUGCCAUGCGGCAGCACACACGCCUUCACCAGAAGCGCGAAAAGGAUAAGACAAAUGGGGAACGCGUCGGCGGAUUCCGCACCCUGCAGCCAGAUGUGUUCCGCUCCCCGCCACCGGGAGAUUGCAAGAUGGGAAGCCGUAAGCUGGAGCGCAUCUUGAACAUUUGGCAACAUGGGAGUGGAGUCGUAUGUCUGCAUGUUUUUCACAACAUCUUGCCAAUUGAUGCAUACACGCGCGAAGCGUCUAUAAUAGACGCUCUGGGCUUGAAUCAUCUCACCAAUAUGAAGCGCGGCGACUACUACGGGCCGGCUCAGUCAUGGACCAUGAAACAGAAAAAGCAGCUGGGAAUCGCUCUGCUUCUCAAGGCCAUGCAUAUCUAUCUGGCGGAGGGAGAGUCCCAGUUGUCGCCAAGCGACCUCCUCUGAGCACGGGAAUAAAAAAUAUUGACAAUUAGCACCAAGUACAAAGUGGAGCGGAAAGUGGAAGUGGAGCAUCUCGAAAAUGUUCAAGAAUGGAUCUCAAGAUUAAUUAUAUUUAGAAAAUGGGCAGAAUUAGAAGAUCCAAGUUUGAACUCAAAACAAUAGUCUACAAAUUUCAAUUCAAACUUGGACCAUUUGCGGUCCAAUGAUUUACAAACUGAUUAAUUAAUUUAUGUCAUGUCAAAUAGUAUUACAAUUUAGAAGGGUAGUCCUAUAUAUGUAAAUGAUUACUUCCAAAUAAUAAACAUAAGUCAUUCAAAGACACGAUUUAUUGUGAUUUAGAAUUACUUAUUUUAACAUUUACUUAAGAAUUGCUGAAACAUUAUUAUUUAAAUGUAGUGAAUGAAGAGCCUUGUCGAUCAUCACAAAAAAUUAUUAAUAAGUUGCCCAAGCAACAAAUCUAGUACUAACUCUUUUGUUCGACAAAAUUAAUUAAACACUUUAAAUCAACACUUUGAAUGCCUCAUUAUUUUGACAAAUGAAUUAUACAUUAACACUUUAAUAUGUAUUAAUAUUUGGAGUUGGAAAAGUUUGAAUAUUUGUCCUGAAAUAAGCUCACCGUUCAUUAAAUUAUCGCGGCAAUAAUAACAUUAGGUGUUUAAAAGUGAACAUUCACUC